AUUUUCCCUCCUCCAAACCUUUCUUCUUGCAUUUCCACCUCCUUUCUUUUGUUUUGUUGAACACCACCACCAUGACAACUAGUUCUCCCUUGACCAAGUUGGUCAGCAGUAGUUCAUGGGAUAGCCAACCAUCCCAUGCCAAUCCUUCUUCCUCCGCCAAUCUCGAAGAAAGUGCUGAGCGUGUCUCUCAGCUCUUCUCCACCACCAUCACGGCUCUGGCCGCGGAUGUUUCGGCUCUCAAACACCUGACAACCUGGAAGGAGAUCCUCCAUGAUCAACAGAACAAUGCCGAAGAUGAAGACAUCCAACGGGAAGAAUUCUUGGAAUCUCUCUGCGACUUGGAUGAUGUCGUCACAGCCGUCGAGAAGAAAGUGACCGUGUUGAGACAAAUCGUGGCCGAAGAGCAGCGUGCUCUCGAAAACUUGAACAUGUUACACACCGACUCGUUGGAACAAAAUGACAACUUGAAAUACUUGGUGGAUCGAUGCCGCAAUAUGGGGGGCACUGGUGCUUUGGCGCCCGCCAAUAAUAAUGCUGCUCAGAACAACACCAGCAGCAAGCGAGGAAACCAUGGCGUGGAUGAGAAUGCGCCACAAAACAGCAAGGGUCGCUCCUCCAGAGCUGUUUCCAAACCCAUCAAGGGUGAUCAGCGCAGCAAGAACCACCAAUCGAAGUCUUCUUCUGCGGCGCAGCGUGAGCCCUUUUCCAAUUCCUCAUCUGCCACCUUGAACAGCAACUCGUCUCAGGAAACCCACGCCCACAUUGAAGGCCUCUCAUGCUAUUUCGACGCAGUGACGGUGGAAGAACUGGAGAGUGUCCCUCGAACCACUCGUGGACGUGUCCAGCUUUCUGUAAUUAACGAGGCAUUGGACAAUAUUGAAAAGUGUUUCCACAAGAAGGCCCUCAAGGUACACCGACAGCACCAAGUCCUCGAAGAAUCUCGUCAGGUGGUGUUGGCUCGUUACCAAGCCACGGCAAACGAACAUGGGGAUGAAGCCGAACUCCUUCAAAAUCUGGUUGUGACGGAAGAGGAGUUGCGCCACUCCUGCAAGUUCUUCUUGGCGGGUGAAGGCACCGCCCGCACGGUCCUGGCUGUUUUGAAAGCGCUCCGACGCAUCAAACAGGUCCCUGCCAAGAAGCGUGGUCUCUUCUGCUACAAGUUGUGCUCGGACUAGCUAGAUCUAACCAGGAGAAAGUUAUAGACUAAUAGGGGCAAAUGCUGGCUGAUUUCCGGUACGCUCCUGAUAAAGUGACGCGACGAAACAGUGAACAACAGAAAACAAAACAGGAAGACGAACAAAUUACUUUGGAAACAUUCAUUCUCAGGUACCGGUACUUGAACAACCGUAGAAAAGACAACUUCAAAUCAUCUCAGAUACGUAAGUGCAUGUAAAACAUAGGAAUAACUAAACCAAACAAACAAUAAUCGACCACUUGGUACUGUAUCCAUUAGUUUCAGGACG